AAUACAUGCUUGCCCAAAUGAUUGUAUAUUGUACCGAAAUGAGUUUGAAACAUUGAAGAAGUGUCCUAGGUGUGGGCUAUCACGCUACAAAGUGAAGGACAAUGAUUUUGAUUGUGAUGAUAGCUCAAAGCGUCCUCCUGCGAAGGUGUUAUAGUAUCUACCAAUAAUUCCAAGACUUAAGUGAUUGUUUGCUAAUGCAAGUGAUGCAAAAAAUUUAAUAUGGCAUGCAGAUGAGAGAAAACGUGAUGGGUAUCUUCGUCAUCCGGCUGAUUCUUUGCAAUGGAAGAAAAUUGAUGAUUUAUAUCCGGAAUUCGGGAAAGAGAAAAGAAACCUUAGGCUUGGACUUGCUACAGAUGGAAUGAAUCCGUUUGGAAACUUAAGUAGUAACCAUAGUUCAUGGCCCGUUCUCCUAGUUAUCUACAAUCUGCCUCCUUCAAUUUGCAUGAAGCGCAAGUACAUGAUGUUAUCCAUGAUGAUUUCAGGCCCUAAGCAACCAGGAAAUGACAUAGAUGUUUAUCUCAAGCCAUUGAUUGAAGACUUAAAAUUACUUUGGGAGGAAGGAGUUGAUGUGUUUGAUGCCCAUUCUCGUGAUUAUUUCAAGAUGCGUGCAAUGUUAUUUUGCACCAUCAACGAUUUUCUUGCAUAUGGGAACUUGUCUGGUUAUAGUGUUAAGGGACAUAAAGCAUGUCCUAUAUGUGAAAAACACACUUGCUACCACCAAUUGAAACAUGGAAGGAAGACAGUUUACCUUGGACAUAGGAGAUCAGGGAUCAAGUGAUGCAGGAUUUAUCUUCUAUUCCGGCUUUCUCUCAACAUUUCCCAAAUUUCCCAACAUGUUCUCCUAGUACUGAUAUACGUGCAAGCACAAAAGGUAGUUGUUCUGCAGCGCCGCCUAUACCAGAGUAUGAUGAUGAGGACAUCCCAGAAGAGUGUGAAUUAUAUGUUGAUAUCAAACAACACAUAGUAGCAUAUGCAAAUGUAUACAAGUUGGGACCAACCAUACAUAAUCAGCUGUUAGAAAAUGGUAUGGUGAGGGUUGCAGUAACUAAAGUGUUAGAUUCUAAUGCUCAAGUCCCCAUGCCCACAGAUGAGGUGACAAAGGUUGGUGACGCCGUCAACACUUUCAUUCAAUGGCUAAAAAGACUUUUGCGUCUAGUUUCUAAUAAGAAUGUUAAAGAAACUGCAAAAGAUGAUCUUCCAUCCAAUAGGUCAGAACCUGAAAAAUCUUACAUUGAGAAGUUGAUGUUAAGGGUAUUGAAUCGAAAACAUCCUGUGAAGUUCUAUUUGAAUGAGGAUAAAUUCUUUUACCUCCCAACAAGAGAUAUUAUGGAGCUGUGUCUAAAGACAGAAGAUUUAUGCCUCACGAUUCUACGAAUAUGGGUGGUGUAUAUGGAACGCCUCUGUACUCAAUUGGGAAAUACUGAUGUGUAUGGUUUCGUUGAUCCAUUUUUCAUUCACGCGGAAAAUGACCAAGAAAGUUCUCAGUCUCAUAUGACCGCAAAGAUGUUCGAGGUUAACAAAGCUUGUUAUUUUGCACCUUAUCUGAAAAAUCGCCAUUGGCAAUUGCUUAUUAUUGAACCAGAAAAACAAAAUGUUGUUUUCUUAUGUUCGAUGGGUUGGAAGCCGGAUAAAAGUCUUGUGCAAAUUGUUAACUCUGCUAUAGAAGGGUAUAACAUGUUGAGUGGUUUCCGAAAGGCGAGAAAGCCAACAUGGGAGAUUCCCGCAGUAAGUUAA